AUGAGGGAGGUUAGUUUUGCAGCGUUUUUACACUGUAAUCAAUGGAAAUUGCUCAAAACAGUUCUUUUAUCAGUACUAUUUUUAGGAUUCUUCAUACUUGUCAGUGUUUUACAAUUUAUAUGUAUUGUGGACGAUGAAUUAGGACAUCGCAUGAAACCUACAGCAUUUGGUGAAGCCUCAAAAUUUAGUUAUCACUACGGAUACUCCUUUUACUUUUCUUCACUUUCUUUUCUCCCUUUACAAAUGUGUAUCUGUUUCCAUGCAUUUCUUUACUUCCGAAGGUUUCCGAAUGCCAUAGACAAAAUGAAAAUAGUUCCUGGUCUCCAAAGAAAAUGUAAGUUAAUUUAUAUUUAA